AUGAAGUUUUCCAUUCCCAUGCCCGGGGGUGGCCGGGGGCUGGCCCUCUUCUCGAAACUGAUUCGCACGAAAGACCUUCGAAAGCUGCAGGAAGAGGAUCCGAGCAGUACAAAGCCCAAGCUCACGAAAUGUCUCACCACGCUCGAUCUUACCUCGCUAGGAGUGGGCUCUUGUUGCGGCACGGGCAUGUACCUGGUGGCCGGAAUGGUCGCGCGGAACAUCGCCGGUCCCGGGGUAGUGCUUAGUUUUUUCAUCGCCGCCGUAGCUAGUAUAUUUUCCGGCGCCUGUUAUGCUGAGUUCGGUGUUCGAGUGCCACAUACGUCCGGAUCCGCGUACAUGUAUUCUUAUGUUUCCGUCGGGGAGUUCGUAGCGUUUGUUAUAGGAUGGAAUAUGAUAUUAGAAUAUUUAAUUGGUACGAGCGCAUGUGCCUGUGCCCUUAGCGCCAGUUUCGAUUCGCUAUCGGGCGGCUUCAUAGGAAGGAGCAUAGCAGCCUCAGUGGGGACCAUAUUCGGACGGCCACCGGAUUUCAUCGCGUUCGGUAUUACGCUCGUUAUGACGUUCAUCCUGGCUCUCGGGGCCAGCAAGUCGGUGCUGUUUAAUAACGUCCUCAACACGGUGAAUCUUGCGUCAUGGGUGUUUAUCCUUACCGCUGGCCUGUUCUAUGUCGACACCAACACCUGGACGGAGCACGAGGGUUUCCUACCGUUCGGUUGGAGUGGGGUGUUCACCGGAGCCGCAACCUGCUUCUACGCUUUCAUUGGGUUCGAUAUCAUAGCUACGACCGGCGAGGAGGCGCACAAUCCACAGAAGAGCAUACCCAAAGCGAUCGUCGGUUCGUUGGUGAUCGUUCUUAUAGUGUAUGUCACUAGUAGCUUUAUCCUAACACUCGUUGUUCCUUACGACCACAUCGACAGCGGUUCGGCGCUGGUUCAGAUGUGGACAUACGUUGGUGCUCCCAAGUGCCGAGCGCUGGUCGCCAUUGGUGCCACGGCCGGCCUAAGUGUGGCCAUGUUCGGCUCCAUGUUCCCGAUGCCCCGUGUCAUCUACGCCAUGGCCCAGGAUGGGCUGGUGUUUCGCCAGCUCGCUCAACUAUGGGCCCGAACAGGCGUCCCCGGGAUUGCGACCAUCGGCAGUGGCAUAGCGGCAUCCCUAGUGGCCCUGACAGUGCAGCUGGAGGUGCUGGUGGAGAUGAUGUCGAUCGGAACACUGCUUGCCUACACGCUCGUCUCGACCUGCGUCCUAAUUCUACGCUAUCAGCCACACAGCACUUCUCUGGUGGAUCUGCUGCCAGCUCAGCUACGAACUCCACAACCUCCGAGCACCCCGGAUCCGACAGUACAGCAACGUGUCAAGGCGAACGUAAUGGUGAAGAAAAUUACGCGCGGUUCACCCGAUUCGGAUGACAGUUUCGGCGAGGAAAGCCCUGAAGGCUUUAUGGGUCGCGACGAUCAGUUCCUAGUCUCUGAUCGAUCGGAGAAUAAGUUUUACGGUGCAGUCCAUGGUGCCCCUCAAGGAAGCUCCAAUCCUUUCUCCUUUUGGGGAUGCGAUUUCAUAGGGCGCAAGUUGCAACAGUAUUCAUACCUUUGUCCUGGACUAUUUCCCUGGGUUAGGGCUGGACCUGCGACACACGAAAGCGGAAUGUACGUGACGAAACUGGUAGGACUGAUGUACGUGUUUAUAUUUCUGCUGGAUCUCUUCAUGGCAAUCGGACUGACAGGGACGUUCUUCUCGCUGGCGUACACCGUUCUGGUGUUCAGUAUUAUAACCAUACUCAUUGUUAUCUCCAGGCAACCUCAGAAUCGUUACGCACUAUCGUUCCUCACUCCUGGACUUCCAUUCAUCCCCACCAUUGCCAUCACGGUCAACAUUUACUUGAUAUUCAAGCUCAGUAUACUAACCCUGGUGCGCUUCACGGUCUGGAUGACGCUAGGACUGAUCAUGUACUUCUACUACGGGAUCACGCACAGUUCGCUGGAGCAUCCGAGCGAAGAAUUCGAACUCACCGUCGAUAAUAACGGCUCCGUACCGCCGAACCUCAAGCUCAACGUUCCUUCAGCAACCAAGGCCACUGGUAAACAGCAUCACACCGAGCCCACGGCCGUCUGGGAUCGGCAUGGUUACGAAAAUCGCAUGGCCACCAACGAUGACGGAGAGUACCAGUGGGGAAGUGCCGGUACCCAACCGCAGCAGGGCAACGGAAAUAACGCGUACAGUUGGAACCCGAAUGACACUUGGGGCGAUCGGACGAUCUACGACCCACCGCCUCAGUCCACGAACAUUUUCCAACCGCCGGCUACGUCCAGCAGUUCCACCAGCUCGGCCGGCGCGGGUCGCCAGACGUCGGAGGUGAAAAAAGACGGCUUCGGCAUGUUCUACAACGAGACUGUCAGCUAUCCGACCUGGGACGAUUAA